AUGGGUCAGAUAACACAAAAAUUGGCCUCAAAUUCUCAAGCUUUAGGUACCUUGCCUAGUGGUACAACGACAAAUCCUUGUGAGCAUAAUAAUAUUUAUGAUAUGGUGACAAGAAGUUGUAAGUCUACUGAGAAACCAGAAGAAAACAUUGCAGAAGAAGAUUGGUUGUUGGAAGUCGAGUUAGAAAUUAAAGAAUUGAAGAAAACGAAGGAGGAUGUUAUGAUAAUGCCUAUAAAGGAGAAAGAAAAAGUUGUCAAGCCAAUCAUUAAACUUCCUUAUCCUCCGAGACAAAGGAAGAAAGACCAACAUGAGAAGAAUUUUGAGAAGUUUUUGGAGAUGUUUAAGAAACUUGAGAUAAACAUUCCAUUUUCGGAAGCUCUGGAGCAAAUACUAAUAUAUGCCAAAUUCAUGAAAGACAUCAUCUCCAAAAAGUGCUCCACAAAUAUGGACCCGAUCAUCCUCACUGAAACUUGUAGUGUUAUUCUCCAAGGUAUGAAAAUUCAUGUGAAAAAGAAAGAUAGGGAUUCUGUUACUAUUCCUUGCACUAUUGGUGAUAGAAAAUUCAAGAAGGCUCUGAUUGAUUUGGUAGCUAGUGUGAGUUUGAUGCUGCUGUCCAUUUAUAAAAAAUUGGGCCUUAGCACCGUUCAAGACACUAUGAUUAAUCUUCACUUUGUUGAUCACUCAAUUAGGCGACCUUGUGGAAUUGUGGAAGAUGUUUUGGUAAAGAUAGAUAAAUUUGUGUUUCUGAUUGACUUUGUCAUUCUUGAGAUAACUUAA